UCGGAUCACACCUCACCAGUUCAUCUCCCACCCCGUCGCAAAGUAAACCGCCGGCCGGGUAGGCCGGCCGGAGAGCAGAGCGAUCAAGGGAAGGAAUUGAAGCAAGCGCGCGGCCGCCGGCGAAGAUGCAGAUCUUCGUGAAGACGCUGACGGGGAAGACCAUCACGCUGGAGGUCGAGAGCAGCGACACCGUCGAGAACGUCAAGGCCAAGAUCCAGGACAAGGAAGGCAUCCCGCCGGACCAGCAGCGGCUCAUCUUCGCCGGGAAGCAGCUGGACGACGGCCGCACCCUUGCCGACUACAACAUCCAGAAGGAGUCCACGCUGCACCUGGUCCUCCGCCUCCGCGGCGGCGGCCGUGGCGGCUACCCCACCAUGCGUGUGCCGUGGGACCUCAUCAACCUUGCCCGCAAGCACAAUGAGACCAAGAUGAUCUGCCGCAAGUGCUAUGCACGCCUUCACCCCAAGGCCGCAAACUGCCGCAAGAAGAAGUGUGGCCACAGCAACGCGCUGAGGGCAAAGAAGAAGCUCAUGUGAGCCAUUGGGAAAACUAGCAAGUUCAAAAGUGCCAUCCGUGAGCUGAAUAAAUGUCGACACCUGCUAUCAGGGUUUUUAGUUUGCCCUUGUUUAUUUCCAACUCGAUGCUGAACCUUGAUUUGCCAUUUGAAAAUUUCAUGCCAUUCGGUUUGUUGUCUGAAUUCUCGUAUACUUGCGUUUGUUCAUUAUUUUAGCUACCUACUUGUAGGAUCAAAACAAAUGUGCCUCUGUUGCCUCAAAAUUUUCUCCGAUA